CGGGGGGCGGGUGCCCCCGGGGCGGCGCGCGCCGCCGUUGGCGCGGAGCGCGCGCCGCCAGGCGCGCCACGGGUGGCGCCACGGGCGCCGAGGGACCCGCCGGCGGCUGCCCGCCGCGACGACGCCGGGCGCCUUGGGUGCCCGGGGGCGUCCAGGCUUCUAGCCAAUGGUGGCGGUGCACGAGAAGGAGCACGCGAGAAGAGAUACCAGGAAGCACGGCAAGAUAUUCGUCGACGCGGCCGUGCAUCACCAGCACCGCGGGGCCGGCGCCUGGUGGCACGGCCAGGGCUCCGCCCGGCUGGACCGCUGGCAGCGCGGCGGCGGCCAGCAGUGGGAGCAGCAGCCGCACAAGAGCUCGUGGAGGACCGCGGGCUCGGGGCGCCCCUCCCAGGAGCCGGUCGUCGCGGCGAAGGCCCCCCCGCUGGCCGCCGCCGUGCUGGGCGCCCAGCCCGGAGGCCGGCGGGCGACACCAGGCGGCCCGGCCGGAGACCUCGCCGCCGCCGUGCCGCCCCCGGAGGAGAUCCCGGGGCCGCCGGCCGGGGUGAUGCCACCGCCUCCCGUGGGCUUCUUUCCGGGCUACCCCAACAUGGGCGACGUGGUGAGCCGCCUGGAGGCCGAGCUGCAGCAGAGACUGGCGGAGGUCGAGCUUUCCGAUCAGGACAAGGUCGACAUCAACAGGGCAAUGGACGAGCUGCAGGAAACGGUGGGCAAGCUGGGGCCCAAGUGGUGCUCCACCCUGUUCGGCAGCGUCGCGAACGGCUUCGGCGUGCGCGCCUCCGACCUGGGAGCCGCGGG